GCAUCCCAUAUUUGACAGGGACUGGAGAGACAAGACUCUGCCCACCUGAUGACGUGAUAAGAGAGGUACACGUAUCGUGCGUGGGUGGCCUCAUUGGUGCGCAAGCAACCAUUCUCACAAACGCCAAGUUAGCACCUCAGCCCCCGAAAGACAGUGCGGUGUUGGAGCGCAAUUACACAUCGUGGCCAGCGUUGAUGUUGAGCAUCAAACGCCUCCGCUCACCUUCCUCCGCCGAAAUUGUUCCGCUUUCCGAAGGGGUUUCGCGAAGACAUUAUGACCGCGCGAUGUCUAUCGACGGGACCGUGAUUGACGGGCGCUCUUUUCAUCAGUCAAAAGAAUGGCCUUGGUUCGUGCCCCUCUCCCUUCGGAGCAUUCUCACUCUUAAACGCUUUCCCUUGUCCGUUUCACGCACCUUGUCAAACCCCUACCGACCCAAUGUCCCCGCUUCCCAACUCUUCGCCGAGAAGAUGUGGCUCCAAGGAGGAAUCCUUUCAGCAGUCGCUUAUGGCGUGGUUCUAACACUCUUUACCCUCAACUUUUGUCUUUUACGCGAACGGGCACAUCAGGAAACGCACGAAAUUUCAAGAAGGAGACAACAUUGGGCGCUCUUGGUUUAUACCUGCUUUAUGUUCAUUCUCAGCACUUUGACGAUGGCGAGUCAAGCUGAGAUGACGCAGCUUGGCUUCAUUGAUAAUCGGGAUUUUCCUGGUGGGCCAGCCGCCUAUGAAACGGUUAUGUUCUCGAUUCCGAUUAGUAUGCUUGGGAAUUUUGCUCUAACCGGUAUUACUUACCUCGUCCGGAUAUCCCGUUUUGAGUCCGGUCCCUGGAAUUCCACCGCAUUCACCCUUAUAUAUGGUUUCACAAGCCUUUCAUUAAACAUUCUGCUCACUCUCAUGAUCAGCAUCCGCCUCUACUUCCACCGAAGGCGGGUGUACAAGGUUCUUGGGAAACGGCAUGGUUCGCACUACACGAGCAUUAUUUCUCUCCUUGUGGAAUCGGCGUCCAUUCAGGACGUCAUAGUCCUCUUCUUCUUGGUACCGUUCGCAUUGGGAAGCCCUGUGGCAAAUAUUGCUAUGUCGACUCUGGUCCAAGUCCAGACAAUUGCUUCUUUUAUGAUCAUAUAUCGAGUAGCCCAGGGAACUGCAUGGAACUCCGGCACGGCGUCCGAUAUUCUAACAGAGGAUGCUGUACGACAAGCACGCCAGUUUUCGAUUAUAAGAUUCACGGGAACAGUCGGGAUACUAGGGACUAGCACUUCGAUAGAUGAGUCGAGCGGGGAUCAAAAUGAACUACCUAUGGAUCGAGAUAAACUUUCCGGGAUAGCGACGGUGGACAGUGAUUACUUGAAGGAAAAGACAUACCCCGUACCAGUACUAGGGCUGCUGGGGGAGUGUGAAGCAGCAGCAUGGGCUCAGAUGCCUGCCUUUGAGCAAGACUAUGAUGUAUCAUUGAUUGAGGCUUAA